AUGUGUUGCUCGUGCGGCGUCAAGAGCGACAAGCCCGGCCAGGGUUGGGCCAAGUACGCGGUGAUCAACAAAGGGAAGGAGUCUGAGCGCCGUGAGCCUAUUGAAGAUCUUUGUGACAUUUGCCCGCUCGGGGUGGUACAUGGCCAGUUCGACUUCGCGUCCAAGUCUGGCUUGGAGUCUGCGGCCCGCUCAAACCCUAGCGUUGGCGCUAGGGUCUACGCGGCCGGCCUGGCGGCCAAGGACAAGGGCCUCGGCAAGCAGACGUUCCAGAUGCAGAGCGCCGAGGAAGUGACCAGCACGACCGCCGAGCUCGUCCAAUCGGGCAAGCUAAUGGACAAAGAUCAGUUCUCAACCCAGUUCGGCUUCGACCCGGAGACCAAGGACAUCAAAGAGAGCAGCAUCGAGGGCCGUUGCGGGACCAAAGCGGGCUAUUGCGUCGAGGACGUCGAGGCUGGGUGCCAGAUCCGCUUCAGCACGACGUUUCAGGUCAGUGGGGCGGCCACCAUUGUGCCGCCAGAGCGCCAGGUUCGUGAGAACCAAGGUAUGGACGUCUUCAAGCGCGGCGCUUUCAAGGUGGUCGGGACCCAGGGCAUGCAGGUCACGCCGUACUCCGCCGCCGACCUGGAUACUAUCAAGCGGGAGGUCCUUGCCGAGCAGGACCGCGCGAUGCAGGACCUCGCAGCGGCCAGCGCCCAGGCCCCCGGUGGAUCCGCCAUGACCGACGAGGAGCCUAUGGAGGUUGAAACCAUGGAGGUGAUGCUCGCCGACGAAAACGAGGACGAGGCCGCGGCGCCCCCCAGCAAGGGCUCGGGCGGCCGUGGCCGCAAGGGGAAAGGUCGUGGGGACACCAGCGCCGGCAGGGCCAGGGGAAAGGGGGACAGCGGCGGCAGGGGUCAACGACGGCGCCUGUCCGACGCGUCUUCCGCUUGCGGCAGCGCCGCCGCCACGCCCGCCACGCCGAGUCCAGCAUCGAAGAUGGCCCGAUCCUCGUAUUCUGAGAAGGUCCCGAGACCCGGCGGUGGCGGUGGCCAGCUUCCGAAGGGGCAGACCUACAUCAACAAGGUCGCCGACAUCCAUAGCAUCUUGGAUGGCAGCUACACCCCCAACAUGGACUUGUACCAGCUGCGACGGCUGAUGAACUCGCUGACUGGCGAGGAUGGCAGGGUCUCCGACCCUGGACUCUUCCAGCAGAUGAAGUCAGCAUCGGAGCUCGCGGCGCACGCCAAGGAGAUGGCGCCCACCAGGCUCAUGCUGCUGGACGACGCGACGCUCAAGGUCAGCCUCAAAGCGCUGAAGUCCAGAGGAGUGAUACUGCAGCUGGUGACCAAGAAGGGCUUGUGGCAUCGCCAGGUCGUCGCGGCCGUCAAGGACCUGAACUUCCAGAAGCUCAGUCAGCUGUUCCUCGGCUCCCCCAGCGGCUCCAGCGACGAGGACCGCGUCGAGUGUCUCUCGUACGUCAUCGUCGACCUCGUACUCUUGCCAGUGGUGGUAGCGGGCAGCAUGCAGGGCUACACCCAGAAGGUGCUGCAAUGCUGCAAGGUCGUCCUGGAUAUUCUCACGAACAACCAGGAGCUCGUCCAGAUCAAGACGUGCUGCAGAGGCGUGGCUGCCAUCCUCGACCCGCUGCCAGGUGCCUGCGGAUCUGAGCCGGCGGACGUCGAGUUCGUCUGGGCUGAGGAGGAGGAGGGGGGCCACCACGACGACCCUUCCGAGCACCAGAAGCGCAUGACACUGCUUCGCAAAGCGAUCACCGGGGAGGCGACCAUCAAGGCUCUCUAUGCUCAGUGGGAGGCCUCUCUCUUGUUACCCGACCAGACCGGCGAGGUGGCCAACCUCAGGACAGCCGUGGACGCUCUCAAGGGUGACACCGCCGACGCAAACAAGUUCCGAGAUGUCUUCAAGUUGAUGCCUAAGUUGCAGAUGAACCUCCGCGAUGGGGCCCUGCAGGACAUCGAGACUGAGGUCAUGUCCUGCGUGGCGGAGCGCGUCAAGGAUAUCCAGGGCAUUGACCAGAUGGAAGGUGACCGCCAGGCGCGCUGCUUAGCAGAAUUCUACCCCGACGCUAACGCAUGCAUGAUUGGGUGCAAGCCUGGUGCCUUCAAGACUUCUCUGAAGAAGGAGUUGGGCGUGCUCGCGCCAUUGCAGGCGGCCUCGCAGUCCCUUCAAAUGGUCGUUGCUCUCGACAACGCGUGCAAGAGUAUUGAAGAAGGCCCUGGGGGUGGAGUCAUCCUGGCGGAUUCGGUCGAUGAGCAGGGCCGCAUCAACGAUGACUGGGCCAAACUCUUUGAGGCCAGGAAGGCUUGCCACGGCCAGAAGAUCCCACCGCUUGCUGGCGACGACGACCAGAGGAACAUUUCGAUCAGAGCCUUCUACCGCCGUAUUUGGGAUAUCAUCCAGAGCCAACCAUUCAGCGAGUGGCACGGCCUCGACGCUUGUCGGAUCAAUCUCGUCAAGGACAUCGGCGACAUGCUUCCUCAAGAAGAGCGUGCCAAUGGCUCCGACAUUGCUUUCCAGAUGGCCAUCCGCAUCGUCGAGAUCCACUCCAUCAUGGUAUUCCUGGGGAUGUGCGAGCCAGAUGCCAAGAGCCAGGAGGUCGACAAGCUCACGCGCACCCUCGCGCUGGCGCCCAUCAAGGCCCCCGCUGAGGACGACGCAGAAACGAUCCGCAUGCUUGGGAGUCUGACUGAUGGCCUACGUCAGGUGAAGCAGGGCGCCAACGACCUCCGCGUUCGCCUCAUCUGCGAGUUCUUAGCCGCGGCUGCAACUGACAUCGAGAUGAUCCAGGCGAAGCUCACGAAGAACGCUUACGGCGGCAAGAACGGUCAUUCAUGGAAGCAGCCGUUGAACGCCAAUUCGCCCAUCGCCGAGGUCCGCGAGGCGGGGGGCAAGCAUCUCUUAAAGUUAAACGGCCAGGAUAUGAUCGACGACUGGAAGAAGGGACUGGAAGUCGUCAGGGCGGCCCAGAAGCUGGUGGCGAAGUACAGGGACGUCGAUGGCGUGAAGGAGUCUAGGGCGUUGAAGGGUACCGACGAGGCGAUCAGGCAGUGUUUCGUUGUGGUGAGGGUCGCCAGGGUCACGAUCACGGAGGCGCAGCUGCUUAACUGCGAGGGUGAUCCUUCGAAGGAGGAUGCCAAGAAAUGGGUGAAGCUCCUGGCGUCUUGCGGCGCAGAUCCCUCAUACGCGAUGUUGCAGAAG